AUGAGCUCCGAAAACUACCCUCUUCGCAACUCGGGCAUCUAUCGCNNAUUGCCAACCUUUUCCCCUUCUAUCGAAGGACUGAAAGCAGUGGUCGUUGGCGCAACCGGUAUCUCUGGUUUCAAUACCAUCCGUUCUCUCCUCGACUCUCCCAAGAGAUGGUCUACCAUUUACGCUCUGUCCCGCAGCCCCUUCACAGAGGGAAUGCUUUCCCUCCUCACGCAAGAGCAGCAAUUUCGCAUCAAACACGUCUCCAUUGAUUUUACCAGCUCUGCCGACAAACUCGCCUCUCAACUCAAAGAAUCUGGCGUUCAAGUCGAUCACAUAUUCUACUACGGCUACAUUUCUCCCAAGAGCGUGUUCUGCGUGUCUGCCAUGGACCCAAACGCAGAAGAAGAACUUGCUAANGCCAACGUUCCCAUCUUCAAGAACUUCUUGGAAGCGCUUCAACUCCCCAAGCUUGAACCGAAACGGAUCCUGCUCCAGACCGGGGGCAAGGACUAUGGCGGUCAGAUCGGCAGAGCCAGAUUGCCAUACAUCGAAUCAGAUCCCCAGCCCCGGCAUUUGUCGCAAAACUUCUACUAUGCUCAGGAAGACAUGCUGGAAAAGUACUGUGAAGAGCAUCCUAGCACAGCUUGGAAUGUCAUUCGUCCUUUUGGCAUCAUCGGCGCCACUUCAAAGUCGGGCAUGAAUACCUUUCUUCCUUUCGCCAUCAUGGCAGCCGUGCAAGCCGAGAAAAAGGAACCUAUCUUNUUUGGCGGCGAUGUUGAUGAGUGGGAGUACGAGUGCCUUCACUCUUCCGCUCGACUCACGGGUUUCCUAAGCGAAUGGGCGGUUCUGGAAGAUAAAUGCAAGAACGAGGCAUUCAACGCACACGACGGCAGCCCAAUGUCUUGGGACCGCUUCUUCGAAGAGCUUGCCCGUUGGUACAAUGUCCCCGGUAUCGAGGGCCCAGAGUUGGAUGACUUAAAGUAUCACGACGUGGUUCUGGCGGGCGGCAAAGAUUGUCCUCUAGGCUAUGGUCCUUCACCACGCAUUAGGCUCUCCCGUACCUUUGCCGAUUGGGCAAAAGAGCCUUGCAACAGCCAAGCUUGGAAACAGAUCAUGGACAGCUCAAACGGCAAAGUAAAAGUCGAUGCAUUUGAUGGUGGAAUGGACGGUGUGGAAAUUGCUGAUUUUGUCUACUACAAGAUUGGGCAACCUUCUUCUGCAAAAUUUCGUAGGUUCGGGUUCAGCGGAUGUGUAGAUAAGAUGGAGAGUGUGUUUGAGUUGUAUCAGGACUUUGCAAAGAUUGGAGUGCUACCUGCUCCUCGAGUUGAAGCCGCUAGACCUAUGAUUUAG